AUGCAGGUGUCUUUCGCCUGCACCGAGCACAACCUCAAGAGUCGCAGUGAGGACCGACUUUGUGGCCUUCGCACCGCUCCACCCCCAGGAGGGAGCAGUGGGGGAGUAGGGGGAGGCGGCGGAGGAGGUGGCGGCGGCAGUGGAGGAGGCGGUGGCGGCGGCGGAGGAGGAGGCGGCGGAGGAGGAGGGAGCGGACAGGGGAGUAAUGGCAACUACAUGUCCCAAGGCUCGGUCAAGACCAGGGAGGGGUCCGGGUCCCGCCAGGCCCCUCAGGGCCAUGCCCACAUGAAGGAGGCCAUCGGGCGCCACACCAGUAUGAAGUACAGGAACCUGGGGAAGUCGGGCCUGCGCGUUUCCUGCCUCGGGUUAGGCACCUGGGUGACAUUCGGAUCACAGAUCUCUGAUGAGAUGGCUGAGAACCUGAUGGCCAUAGCUUACGAGAACGGAGUGAACCUGUUUGACACGGCGGAGGUGUACGCCUCUGGAAGAGCGGAAAUCACCCUAGGAAACAUCAUCAAGAAGAAAGGAUGGAGGCGUUCAAGUUUUGUCAUCACAACAAAAAUCUACUGGGGAGGCCAAGCCGAGACAGAGAGAGGACUCUCCAGAAAGCACAUUAUUGAAGGUUUAAGAGGAUCCUUAUCGAGACUGCAGCUAGAUUAUGUGGACAUCGUCUUCGCCAACAGAAACGAUGUCAACAGUCCGAUGGAAGAGAUUGUCCGGGCCAUGACAUUUGUAAUAAACCAGGGUAUGGCCAUGUACUGGGGAACCUCGCGCUGGAGUGCCAUGGAAAUCAUGGAGGCGUACUCGGUGGCUCGCCAGUUCAACCUGAUACCGCCCGUGUGUGAGCAGGCAGAGUAUCACUAUUUCCAGAGGGACAAAGUCGAGGUGCAGCUUCCCGAGCUCUACCACAAGAUCGGUGUCGGAGCAAUGACCUGGUCUCCACUUGCCUGUGGAUUAAUCACAGGGAAGUACAGUGAUGGUGUACCAGAGUGCUCCAGAGCUGCAAUGAAGGGAUACCAGUGGCUGAAGGAGCGAGUGAACAGCGAGGAGGGCCGCAGGCAGCUCGCUAAAAUCAAGGAGCUCCAUCUACUGGCGGACAGACUGGGCUGCACCGCUGCACAGUUAGCCAUAGCCUGGUGUCUGCGCAGUGAGGGAGUCAGCUCAGUACUUCUGGGUGUUUCUACUUCAGACCAGCUGCUUGAGAACCUGGGUGCCCUCCGGAUUUUAUCCCAAAUGACCCCUCAAACCAUUACUGAGAUUGAUGCCCUGCUGGGAAAUAAGCCACACUCGAAGAAAGAGUUGCGCGCUUGAAGGAUGCAAAUCUGAGUGACAGAUAAUGCUUUUCGAGAAGACGACGAGGAAGACAAUGACAUUGGGAAACAUUGCUUUUUUGCUCCGCAGCUGUAUACUCAACAACUUGCAUGUCCUCAGCAACAUUAUGCUUCCAGUAUGUGCGCAUACCCAUUUUGCGCCGUACAUUGUAUCAUGUAUGAAAAAAAAAAGAAGAUCUCUCAAUUGUGGAAAAAAAAAAAACAGGUCAUAUAUUGCUCACUGCCGAUUGUUCACAGACUAAUUAUUUCAACGGAGGAGGAGGCGAAUGCGGUCGGAGCGACAGGUUCUCUGCCAGUCACGGAGGCCGAGAGCAGCUGAAAGAUAUUCAGCUGCUGUCAAAGCGGAUUUGACUCUUAUUAAUCAAAAUGUUGAGGGAAAAAAAAACCCUGCCUCUGUGCUAAAAUGCAACCUUACUGUGUGAACGGUGCUUUCAUUGGGACGUCUGAGUCUCCUCCCCUCGCAGCAGCCUGUUAUUCCGUAUGAUGUUUAGUACCCAGCAGCCAGAGAGCCAAAGGUUAGUACUCAUUGUGUCUAGCCUAACAUUUCCCAUAGUGUGCAUGUGACUGGUCUGCCACGCUCACUGCUUUACAGGGUUGGGAACAAUGGAUUACUUGUGGAGUCAUUAACGUGAUCUGACCAAUAAGAAAGAAAAAAAAGAGAAAAAAAAA